CAUGUACCUGGUCUGACUGGGCCCCAACAUGUACCUGGUCUGACUGGGCCCCAACAUGUACCUGGUCUGACUGGGCCCCAACAUGUACCUGGUCUGACUGGGCCCCAACAUGUACCUGGUCUGACUGGGCCCCAACAUGUACCUGGUCUGACUGGGCCUCAACAUGUACCUGGUCUGACUGGACCUCAACAUGUACCUGGUCUGACUGGUUCUCAACAUGUACCUGGUCUGACUGGGCCCCAACAUGUACCUGGUCUGACUGGGCCCCAACAUGUACCUGGUCUGACUGGGCCUCAACAUGUACCUGGUCUGACUGGGCCCCAACAUGUACCUGGUCUGACUGGGCCCCAACAUGUACCUGGUCUGACUGGGCCUCAACAUGUACCUGGUCUGACUGGACCCCAACAUGUACCUGGUCUGACUGGGCCCCAACAUGUACCUGGUCUGACUGGACCUCAACAUGUACCUGGUCUGACUGGGCCCCAAUAUGUACCUGGUCUGACUGGGCCCCAACAUGUACCUGGUCUGACUGGGCCCCAACAUGUACCUUGUCUGACUGGGCCCCAACAUGUACCUGGUCUGACUGGGCCCCAACAUGUACCUGGUCUGACUGGGCCCCAACAUGUACCUGGUCUGACUGGGCCUCAACAUGUACCUGGUCUGACUGGGCCCCAACAUGUACCUGGUCUGACUGGGCCCCAACAUGUACCUGGUCUGACUGGGCCCCAACAUGUACCUGGUCUGACUGGGCCUCAACAUGUACCUGGUCUGACUGGGCCCCAACAUGUACCUGGUCUGACUGGGCCCCAACAUGUACCUGGUCUGACUGGGCCCCAACAUGUACCUGGUCUGACUGGGCCCCAACAUGUACCUGGUCUGACUGGGCCCCAACAUGUACCUGGUCUGACUGGGCCCCAACAUGUACCUGGUCUGACUGGGCCCCAACAUGUACCUGGUCUGACUGGGCCCCAACAUGUACCUGGUCUGACUGGGCCCCAACAUGUACCUGGUCUGACUGGGCCCCAACAUGUACCUGGUCUGACUGGGCCUCAACAUGUACCUGGUCUGACUGGGCCUCAACAUGUACCUGGUCUGACUGGGCCUCAACAUGUACCUGGUCUGACUGGGCCUCAACAUGUACCUGGUCUGACUGGGCCUCAACAUGUACCUGGUCUGACUGGGCCUCAACAUGUACCUGGUCUGACUGGACCCCAACAUGUACCUGGUCUGACUGGAACCCAACAUGUACCUGGUCUGACUGGGCCCCAACAUGUACCUGGUCUGACUGGGCCCCAACAUGUACCUGGUCUGACUGGGCCCCAACAUGUACCUGGUCUGACUGGACCCCAACAUGUACCUGGUCUGACUGGGCCCCAACAUGUACCUGGUCUGACUGGGCCCCAACAUGUACCUGGUCUGACUGGACCUCAACAUGUACCUGGUCUGACUGGACCUCAACAUGUACCUGGUCUGACUGGGCCCCAACAUGUACCUGGUCUGACUGGGCCCCAACAUGUACCUGGUCUGACUGGGCCCCAACAUGUACCUGGUCUGACUGGGCCCCAACAUGUACCUGGUCUGACUGGACCUCAACAUGUACCUGGUCUGACUGGGCCCCAACAUGUACCUGGUCUGACUGGGCCCCAACAUGUACCUGGUCUGACUGGGCCCCAACAUGUACCUGGUCUGACUGGGCCCCAGGGAACACGACAUAAAUAA